AUGAGCAAACCCGCGGACGGCGAUGCAAUCGAACGGCGAGUGGGGCCGCUCUUCAACCGGUCGUCGGAGUCGACUCAAUCAAGGACGGGUCAAAAUCUAGGCCGAUCGAAGGAGUUUGUGAGCUGUGGGCGUGGUCAUGUCGUCGAAAUCACCGUCCAAGGUGUGACCAGUUGUGGCUUUACUGUGUUGGAUUUGAUAGCGCCGUCGAAAAAAGUGCUCAAUUCGUGCUUGCUUUUAGUGCAGUGGGUCCCGUGUGUUCUUGCUUCUGGUGUGUUGCAAUAUGUCCUAAUCGCCUUCGUCGUGAGCUCGGCUGGAGAUAUUAUGACUUUCAUGGCUACUAAUGCUACCACUUUACGUUACGCCGCCACAGUAAAGGCGAGAGCAUUAAAGGAUGUGUGGAAUCUGGCUGUUGUAAUUCCUGUUGACAAAGGAAUGGGAGUUGCUAAUGGUGGCAGUAAUGGAAGUUUGAAUGGGUGCUUCAGCGGCGAACUUGUUCCAGAGGAGAAUUUCCUUGCGAUUUGUAGUCGGGAGUUGCUUGCAAGAAGUUGCGAGUUGUUGGAGAAAAUGCGCCAGGGCGUAGUUUGGAAGGACCAUUGA